AUGUAAAAUCAAUAUUGGUGCAUCAAGCUUAGGUUCUGCUUUAACUAAAUGCACUAACCUCUCAAAUUUGGCACUUUAUCUAUUGUAAAAACAAUUUAUUAGUUUUAGAUGGGAAAUUAAAUAGGUGACUAAGGUGCAUCAGGCUUAGGUUCACUUAUAGCAAGUUGCAAUAAUCUCUCUAAUUUGACACUUAGUCUUGAAAGCAAUUAAAUUGGCGAUGAGGGCGUAUCAGGUUUAUGUUCUGCUUUAGCAAAGUGCACUAACCUCUCAAAUUUGACACUUAAUCUUUUUUAGAAUUAAAUUCAUGACGAAGGUGCUUCAGGCUUAGGUUCUGCUUUAGCAAAAAGCACUAAUCUCUCAAAUUUGACGCUUGAUCUGAGUAAGAAUUAAAUUGGUGCAAUUGGUUUAUCAGGCUUAGGGUUAGCUUUAGCAAAUUGCAUUAAUCUCUCAAAUUUAACACUUGAGCUUAAGUAGAAUAAUAUUGAUGACGAAGGUGCAUCAGGUUUAGGUUCUGCUUUAGCGUAUUGCGCUAAUCUCUCAAAUUUGACACUUGAUCUUAUUUACAAUUAAAUUGGUGCAAUUGGUGCAUCAGGAUUAGGUUCUGGUUUAGCAUUUUGUACUAAUCUCUCAAAUUUGACACUUGAACUUUAUUGCAAUAAAAUUGGCGAUGAAGGUGCAUCAGGCUUAGGUUUUGCUUUAACAAAUUGCUCUAGUCUCACAAAUUUAGCUCUUAAUCUUUCGGAUAAUUAAAUUGGCGAUUCAGGUGCAUCAGGCUUAGGUUCUGCUUUUGCAAGUUGCAAUAAUCUGUUCAAUUUGAAACUUAAUCUUCUUUACAAUGAAAUUGGCGAUGAUGGUGCAUUAGGCUUAAGUUUUGGUUUAGCAAAAUGCAAUAACCUCUCAAGUUUGGCAUUUAAUACUUAUUACAAUUAAAUCAAUGACUCAUAAUAAGUAAAAUUAGAAAUAAAGUGCCUUAAAUUAAAAAGAUUAGUUAAUUAUAAAAUAUACUUCUAAUGA